GGUGCUGGGGCGCAGAGCGGUGAGCCGGUUUAUGUUAUGGCUACUAUGGGCUAACAGUGUAACAAGAAAUGAACCAGAUACAGAAUCUAUUGUAUGACGCCCUAAUAAAAACACAACACGUGGAGAGCGCUGCACUCAUCAAAAUACGAGAAGCCACCGCCCUGAUGUCACCGCCAGGAUUCCAUCUUCAACCUCAGCAAGUCCAGGUGAUCAUCAAUGCCUUCAGGAACAGCUCAGUCCUUAGAAGAGAAGGCUUCCAUUUUCUGGACAAGAAUUACAAGUGCCUCCGUGCUGAUAAGAACUCCAUCUACGCUAAAUGUGGUAAUAAUGGAGUCAUAAUGGUAAAAACCAAGUCCAAUAUCCUCCUUGCUACAUACCGUGACGGCAUGUACCCCAGUGUGUGUGUGGAGGCCACAGAGAAGCUUGGAUCCUAUUUUCGUGAGAAGGAAGUAUGACGAGGAAGCACUAUGGACAUGAAGUGCAGCUUCUCUGCAGGACAUCACGAGGGAUGCAGAUUGUUAUAUUCCAGAGGAAAGCAUUCAUUGCAUUUCAUGAUUCACAUGGAGUAUAAAAUAAAUCACUCAAAUGGUGCUAGAAAGUUUGUGAACCCUUUCAAUGUUUCUGAAUUGCUGCAUAUAAAUUUCACCAUGAUACAUCAUUGUCCCUAAUAGAUCAGAUGAUACACAACUUCAUGUUCUUACCAA